AAAAAAGCUUCUUUUUCCUUUUCUCUCUCUCUUUUUUUCUCAGAUGUUACUCAAAUCUCUGCAAUUUCUUAGCUAAUCUCCCUCUUGAAUAGCAUCGAUCUGUCUUUCUUUCUCUGAAAAGUUAUAUCUCACUUUCUUUCGUUUUCUGUCCUCCCAAUCACUCUCUUGCUAACGUAUAAAAAAAGAAAAAUAAGAAAAUUUGUCUGGUUCCGUUCUCUGAUUCCAUGAAGAUCUAGGGUUUCGAAUGGCUUCUCAGCUGCAAAUCGGAGUUUCUUAUUCACAUUUUUCAAUUAAUUAUUAAAAAUCAAUUUCUAAGCGUAAAUCUUUUUUUUUUUAAUUUAAUUUUUGGAAGCUGAUUUUCGUUUGAUUUGUGCGGAAACUUUGUUUGAGCUGUGUUUGGUUAUGCGAAGACAAGGAAAUGGAGACAGUUGUUGUUGGAGAUAUAGCGUGUUUGGAUGCGGAGCUAUUGCAGCUCCAGGAGAUGUCUCCGUUAGCUCUCAAAUCCUAUCCUGAAUUCACUCAAAAGCUUUUCGAACAGUGGCUUUCGCUUCCUGAUGCUAACAAGCUGGUGGCAUCAUUGGUUAAUGAUGCAAAGGCGGGUAAUCCCUUGAAUGUUCCUGGAAAUGCUUCCAGUGGAAGUAUUGCCACGAGCAAUUCUUUACCUUCCAUGUUUCCUGCUGGCAGUGCUCCUCCCCUUUCACCAAGAAGUACAUCUGGUUCCCCUCGUAUUACAAAACAAAGGGCUGGUCCUUCAAACUUGGGCUCUCCACUGAAAGUACUUAGUGAGCCAGUGAAAGAGUUGAUACCUCAGUUUUACUUUAAAAAUGGCCGUCCACCUCCAAAUGAACUAAAAGAACAAUGCAUGUUUCGAAUCAGUCAGUUUUUUUGUGGCCACCCAGAUGGGCUGCAACCGAAUGGUAAGAUACAUGUAAGUAUUGCUUUAACAUAUAUAUCUGGAAUUCAUCUGAUAUUCAUGCUUUACUUUCUAUAUAUAUCAGAAUUCAAACUAGUGACCAAGGAAAUCUGCAAGCUGCCAUCAUUUUUCUCUACAUCACUGUUCAGAAAAAUUGAUGUUAAUAACACUGGUUUGAUUACAAGAGAUGCAUUUAUUGAUUAUUGGGUCAAUGGCAACAUGUUGACAGUGGAUAUAGCAACCCAAAUAUAUACAAUAUUAAAGCGAUCAGAUCUCAAAUACCUCACUCAGGAUGACUUCAAACCUGUACUCCGAGAACUAUUGGCAACUCAUCCAGGGUUGGAGUUCUUACAGAGUACACCUGAGUUUCAGGAAAGAUACGCUGAAACUGUUAUAUACAGAAUAUAUUACUACAUAAAUAGAUCUGCGAAUGGUCACCUCACUCUUAGGGAGUUAAAACGUGGAAACUUGAUUGAUGCCAUGCUACAUGCUGAUGAGGAAGACGACAUUAAUAAAGUUUUGAGGUACUUUUCAUAUGAACAUUUUUAUGUAAUAUACUGCAAGUUUUGGGAGCUGGAUACAGAUCAUGAUUUCUUGAUUGACGAAGAGAACCUUAUCAGAUAUGGUAACCAUGCGCUUACCUACCGGAUUGUCGAUAGGAUAUUUUCUCAGGUUCCAAGAAAGUUUACCAGUAAGGUUGAAGGAAAAAUGGGGUAUGAAGAUUUUGUUUACUUUAUCCUAGCAGAGGAGGACAAGUCAUCUGAGCCUAGUCUUGAGUAUUGGUUCAAGUGUGUAGAUUUGGAUGGCAAUGGAGUUCUAACAUGUAAUGAAAUGCAAUUCUUUUAUGAGGAGCAGUUGCAUCGAAUGGAAUGCAUGGCGCAAGAGCCUGUGCUCUUUGAGGACAUCUUAUGUCAGAUAAUUGACAUGAUUAAACCAGAGGAUGAUAGCUCUAUCAUGUUGCGUGACCUGAAAGGCUCCAAACUUUCUGGAAGUAUUUUCAAUAUCCUUUUCAAUCUUAACAAAUUCAUGGCCUUUGAAACUCGUGAUCCAUUCCUCAUUCGUCAGGAGCGUGAGAAUCCUACAUUGACAGAGUGGGAUCGUUUUGCUCAUAGAGAAUAUAUUAGGCUUUCAAUGGAAGAAGAUGUCGAAGAUGCCUCCAAUGGAAGUGCAGAAGUUUGGGAUGAAUCACUUGAGGCUCCCUUCUAAAUUGAAUUGGGUGCUCAGAGAAGAGCUCAACACAUUUCUUCUAUGCUGGGCACCAGAAAAAGAUGUCACCUUGAAUGGGCAAGGAAGAUACACGUGGUGUCAUUGGAGGAAAAUUUUGAGCUCGGCCUUGUGGGAUGUACUCUUGAUGCACCAGUGAAGUGUUUUCCAGCCUUCGCAUUCCUGGCUUGACAAAACUUGAUGAAUCGUGCAAUCGGGGCUUUAUCUAAAGCAAUUUUCACAUGCACGAGGUUUUGCUGGUUUAAAGAAGGUUAGAACAUUUUAAUACCCUUUCCAUUCUCCAUUUUUAAGAUACAAUUAAAGUCCGUUUUUUCCUCCGUCCCUGUUGGUUCAUUUAGUAAUUUCAAUGGUAUAGUUGAAUGUAGGGUUGUCAUGUUAUUUCUCUUAUUUAUGUAGCAAUUUUGGUCUUGGAUCAUGGUCGUCUACCAAUUGAUUUUAGUUGUUUUCCCCCUUUUUUUCUAUUAAGUUUGUGUUCUUUACCUUUUAGUUGUGUUAUGAACAUAGGUGUAUUUUUUUGUGAAAUUCGAAAUUUCUGUUGUAAGUUAUUUGAAUAAAGAGGUGGGAGUUAUUAUCCAAGUCCCAUCGAGAAUCAUUGAACU